GUUUAUUUACCAUCUGUCAAAACGACCAACAGUUUAUUUACAUUUCAAAAAGGCAAAAAUGUAUGCAGAAGUUGAUGUUUUCAUCAGUAAUUAUACACUUGUCGAUCCCGAAAUUUAUCAACUAUGGAUAGAAGGUUUUUCGUCUUCCGAGGCCGUCACCCUGCUUAAGCAGAAAGAAACCAUGAUGGUAGACAUUCCAAUAGAGCUUAUCACGUCUGAUGUAUUGGAUCACUAUCGUACUUAUUCACUGUUGGAGCGUGUCCUGUACACUCCAACUAAGCUCUCCGAGCAGCCAUCAUUCCAGCUGGAACCGCAGAGUCGUUCGUUGCUGAUAGAGAAGUACUACUCGUUGGACGAUUCCGUCGCACGGGAGUUAUUCGGCAAAAAGUUUAGCUCGCGCAACCGCAAGGACCUGGACGAGGUGGCCGAGAAGACCGGCGUUCGGCUUAAAUCUUGCCGCAGGCAGUUUGACAACGUGAAACGCAUAUUUAAGGCAAUGGAAGAACUGCCGGGAAAUACAGCGAACAAUAUUAAACAGCAGUUCAUACUGCCAGAUGAGUUGGCUGAUAAAUAUGCUAUUAUUGUGUUUAUUGCUUGCCUACGAUUUGAGACUACGAAACGGAAGCUGCAAUAUCUUAAUUUUAGUGAUUUUUUCAACUGUGCACAGGCUAUUAGGUCGAAUUGGACUUACAAGUAUCAGCAUGCGGGACCAGAAUACUAUGACACAGAGAUGGACAAAGAAUUUCUACUGGAUCUGAGAGAAAUACGAUACCUGCUGGAUAAGGAGAAGGAAAUAAAAUGCUUGGUCACAAUGCGCUUAAAGUCAACCAUACUGGAGCGUAUCUAUCAGGAAAUCGACAGUAACUUCCGUUCGUACUGGCGAUCAAUUAUCACAAUUGCUUGUAGUUUGCAUCGGACUCGGGAAAUGCGUCAGUUGUUUCUGGACUUGACGGAACGUUUGAUCGAACCAUGGAAAGCGAACAACUGGUCCAAAGACCAUGUAGGUCAGUUCAUGAAAUGUCUCACGCAAAGCGUGCUAGAUCUGGAGGUUCCACGUGAUAAUCAGGAUAUUCGUUGUCUGUGGGAUCGCUACAUGCAGGUUAUCACUGCUUGUCUACUAACAAUGUACCAUAAUUGACCUGCGCUUGUGAGUGGACCUUCCCGCAUCUACUAAAGAGAAAUGAUUAGUUUUACCUUUACAAAUUGCAUUACCGUCAAACUCACACAAAUAAAAAAAGUUCUCAAGACGACGAUAAUUAUAAUAAAAUAAAAAUCUCAACCCUCCCAAUAA